CUAGGUAGCUGUCAGAAUAAGUACGCGCUGCGGCCUUAAAAUAGGAAACGUGCUAUGGCUUUGUUUAAAUUUACAUAGACGGUUUCGGUAGUUGAUAAUAGUAUUUAGUUGCGCUUAUUGAGUCUAAAUAAGUAAUUGAUUAAUUGCCAUACCCAAAAAAGAAAUCGCACCGCGAUAAGAAGUCAAUCUUAUCUUCACAAGAAGCUGUUCGCAGUUAUUAAUGGUUCGCAUAUUGCUAAUAUUUAGCGAGUCCUAGUGCAAAGCAGAUAUUCUUACACUCCUUGCACAUGGUCAGUAUGCAUCGGUGAAAUAUGCCGUGCAAAGUUGUGAUAUCGUGUUAUAUUCAUUGGUUACUCCUGAUAGCUGUAGUAAUUGUAUCGAUUGGCGUUUCCUAUGAAGAUCCGUUCGAUUUGGAACAGUACGAUAAGAUACAAUGUGGUCAGUUUUAUUGUAAUGGUACGACGCAGGAAUGCGUCGGCAACAUGAGCUGUGAUUGUAAGCCAGAGUUUGAGUUUAAUCCAGAGGAUGGACGCUGUCAUAUUUGUCCUAGCGAAGGACAUGCAUGUUCCACAUGUUGUUUUGGUGGAACAGUUUGCUACGGAGGACGAUGUCAGCAUUGCUGGAAGGACCAAAACGGUGAUUGUCUCACUCAAGAUUCGCUGUUUUUCUUAACAGCGGCUCAAGUGGCAUUGGCUACAGCUAUGAUUAUUGGCAUUUCAGCCUUAGCAACGCUUCUGUACAAGACGUUUCGAGCCAGGACAAGAAACAACAACCAACAGAGGCUCGAGAGUGAACUCAGUCGCUCUAACACGAGCAGAAUUUCACUAUCAUCGAUUCAGCUACGGGUGCUACGUAGAUUACGUGAUCGACCACCGAAGUAUGAAACUCGGCACAAUUACGAGUUCCACCAGCGGGAACAAGCCCAAGAAACUCAGCCGCGACGAAACAACCCAAGCCCGGCCAGCAGUUGUCCGACCACUCCUUCGAGACGACCUCCUGGAGAUCCUCCACCGGCGUACGAUGGUGAUGUGACGUCAUUGGCCGAUUCCCCUCCACCAUACUCCGUUGAACCUAGCCACCUGGAAGCAAGGAUAGCUGUUAUUGACGAUCAGCCCGAACUAAAGCACGAAACAUCCGAGUGUGUCUUGCAAGUGGACGGUGGACCAGGUGUCGUCAACAGAGUUUACGAGAGUCCCGAGCCAGCACGAAUAGAUAUUAAUCAAAGUGAUAGUGAUGGACACAAGACAAUACAUAUAUAAGACUGCGCAGGGCAAUAGCCAUUUCAAAGGAGUAUUGACUAACAAACAUUUUGUUUUAUCAAUUAUACCAGUGGAAUUAUAAAGUGUUCAAUAAAUAUGUGACAUCAGCGGAAGCCUUAUCUACCGAAAAUGGAGCACUUGGAAGCGCAGAUAUAUUCUUCCAACAUCAAAACUGCAACUCCUCCUACCGACAUAAACUGUGUUUUUAAAUACAUAUAAAAUAGACAAAUCUAUGUAA